UGACUUCGGAUUGUUUACUCAUUUGUUUUUGCAAAUUUUCUAGCAAAAAUUGAAAAUAUAUGGUUAAAAAAGUAACAGAAAAUAGCAAAAACCUGAAUGUUUAUUGAAUACCUAACAAAAUAUGUGCAUAAUUAAAAAUGUGAGAAAUUUUGAAAAAUUACAUUUUGAUAUAAUUUUGGAUUUCUGCUGAUUCCUGUGAAGAAAAACGGUACCGCCAGAGGCGCCAAUAAAAGUUCAGAUAGUGAUCCAGGACAUAUAUAUAAAUAUUAAAAAAGUUUAUAUACUUUACCACUAAAUGGCGAUAGCUCGUUCAGAUGUGAUUUCGAAAAAGGAGAAAUAUUUUCUUUAUAAUACUUUGUCUGGUUUAGUAAAAGGUAUGGAAAAUUCCUACACGACAAUCGAUCUUCGAAAUGAAUGUUGUGUAACGGGAAAAAUCACCAAAGUAGAUGCAUUUAUGAAUGUCGAAAUGGAAGAUGUUAUUUGCUAUGAUAUGACAGGUAAUAAGACCUCUUUAGAAAGUUUCUUUCUAUGUGCUAGGAAUAUCAGGUAUGUUCAUAUAUCACCACAAAAAGAUGUUGCUACAUUAUUAAAUGAAGUUGUGGCUCCUAUGAUUCCGAAAAAAGGACCCCCUAAACGAUCAUUUAAGAAUUCGAGGGCCCAAAAGCAAAAUGCUAAAACAAUAGCUGAAGCCUACAAUAGAAGCAGAAAAUAACUAAUAAUUAUUGUUUCUACAAACACUAUUAAUUUCAAAAUAAAGUAUUUUGAAUA